GUCUCCCUUCCGCUGCAAACAAGGAAGUGCACUGCGCAGGACUGGGCUGCGAUCCGCUGUGUUCAUGUCGUGUUUCUCCUCCAGUUUCGGUCCAGUUUAACGUUUUAACAGAGUGGGUGUUGAAGCUGGAAGCAUGUCGGAGUCUCCCGACUGUCGCAGCCUGCUGUCGGCGUCCUCGCAGCUCAACCUCAUGGAGAUAGACGCAAUCGACGAUAAGGAGUUUGACAUUCCCCAAGUUGACACCCCUCCCACACUGGAAAGCAUCCUAAAUGAGCCUGAGACCGAGGAGGAGACGUUCCUGUGGGAGGACACCAGCCUGCUGAACACGGACCCCGUGGACAGCCACUCCUGUGAGACGUCGUCCCUGGCCAGCUCCGACAGCGGGGACCCGGCCCACCUCAAACGGAGGAAGAAGACCGUGGAGAUGAACGCCAGCGUGCACGGAUCUGUUCUUAGACACAGUCUGCUGAAGGGGAUCUCUGCCCAGAUCGUCUCUGCUGCUGAUAAAGUGGAUGCAGGACUCCCUACAGCCAUAACGGUGUCUGGAGUCAUCGCGGUGGGGACCUCCCAUGGGCUGGCCCUGGUGUUUGAUGUCAAUCAGGCGCUGCGGCUGUGCCUGGGAACCACGGCAACGGGGGCGGAGUUUGGCGCCGUGUCCGCCCUCAGUAUCAACCAUGACUGCUCGCGGUUGCUGUGUGGUUUUGCCAAAGGGCAGAUCACCAUGUGGGAUCUGGCCAAUGGGAAGCUGCUGAGGACCAUCACAGACGCACACCCCCCUGGGACCGCGAUACUGCAUGUCAAGUUUACAGACGACCCGACACUGGCCAUCUGCAACGACAGCGGAGGAUCAGUGUUUGAGUUGGCCUUCAGGAGGGUGAUGGGCAUGCGGUCGUGCGACUCGCGCUGUCUCUUCAGCGGCUCUAAGGGGGAGGUGUGCUGCAUCGAGCCACUGCACACCCCCCCGGACCUGAGGGACCACCCCAUCACACCCUACUCCCUGCUGGCCAUGGGCUCCCUCACCAAGAUUCUUGUGAUCGGACUCAAGCCCUCCCUCAAAGUGUGGAUGACCUUCCCCUACAACAAGUCUGACCCCUCCAGUGUCCCCCAGCUGGCCUGGCAGUUUGUUCCCGCCCAGAAGACCUACAACCCCGUCCUGGCCUUCUGCAGGGGGGACACCGUCCACUUCCUGCUGGUGAAGAAGGAGGAGGCGGGCUCCAUCCACGUGGUCAAGCAGAGGCAGCUGCACCUCAACUGUGACCUCAUCAGCCUGAGCUGGAUCAGCAGCCGGACCCUGGUCUUGGUGAACAGCCAGGAGCAGCUGCAGGUGGUGGACCGGCCCAGCCAGGAGGUCCUGGACCAGCUGGACCUGGAGCAGGUGCAGCUGGUCUACAACAGCCGGCACUUCAAGUCUCUGGCCACCGGGGGCAACGUCUCAGAGGCCCUGGCGUUGGUAGGAGAGAAGGCCUGCUAUGAGUCUGUCUGCAGCUACGCCGGGCAGAUCCUGUAUCUGGGCACCAAGUCGGCUCACAUCAUGACUCUGAGGAACUGGAGGGAGCGUGUGGACUUCCUGUUGAGACAGGAGCGGUUUGGAGAGGCACUAGCUCUGGCCUGGUCCUUCCAUGAGGGCACCGCUAAGGCCGUGGUCGGUCUGUACGGAGAUCCAGGGAAGAGGAAGGGAGUUGUAGCAGACAAGAUGGUGGAGAUCCUCAUCCUGUUCGUGGAGCGGUCCCUGAAGCGGUGUCCGGACCAGGGGAAGAUCCAGGUCCUGGAGCAGCACUUCCAGGAGGUGGUUCCUGUAGUGGUGGAUUACUGUCUGUUGCUUCAGAGAAGCGACCUGCUGUUCGAGCAGCUGUACUCGCGGCUGGUGGAGAACGUGGUUUCCCGGGGGAUGUUCCUGGAGGCGCUGGAGAGCUACAUCAUCAGCCAGCGCCUGGCCCACCUGACCACGCCCAUCAUGAAGGACCUGCUGGCCCAUUACCACGGCAACGGCCUGAUGGACAGGCUGGAGCGGCUCAUCGUGCACCUGGACGUCACCAGCCUCGACAUGCAGCAGGUGGUCCAGAUGUGCUGGGAGAAUCAUCUGUACGAUGCGAUGAUCUACGUGUUCAACCGCGGGAUGAACGACUACAUCACUCCUCUGGAGAAACUUUUUGCUGAAAUUGGACCCCAUCUCCGAGAGGGGAGACAGCUGACUAAUGAACAGGUGGUGAUCGGGAACAAACUGCUGGUUUAUAUAAGCUGCAGCCUGGCGGGCCGGGCCUACCCCCUGGGGGACAUCCCUGAAGACCUGGUGCCCCAGGUCAAGAACAAGGUGUUUGACUUCCUGAUCCGUCUGCACUCGGAGACCUCUGAGGAAGAGGAGGUGUUCCCCUUCAUCAGGACUCUGCUCCACUUUGACACCAGAGAGUUCCUCAAUGUUCUGGCGCUGGUGAGCUUCAGCCAAACUAUACCACCCGCCCCCCAGACCUUUGAGGACUUCAGGAAUGACAAGCAGGCCUUGGAGUACCAGCAGAGGAUAGUGGACAUCUUGCUGAAGGUGAUGGUGGACAACCCUGACUUCACCCCCUCCCAGGUGGGCGGGCUCUUCACCUUCCUGGCCCGCCAGAUGGCCAAGCCCGACAACACGCUGUUUGUCAACAGGAAGCUGUUCGACCAGGUCCUGGAGUUCCUCUGUUGCCCGGACGAUGACUCGCGACACACCGAGCGGCAGCAGGUUUUGUUGGAGCUUCUGCACGUUGGGGGUGUGGUCCAGUUUGACGAAGGGAGCCUAUUGGCCCUAGCGGAGAAGGCAGAGUUCUACCAGAUCUGUGAGUUCCUGUAUGAGAAGCAACAUCUGUACGAGAAAAUCAUCGACUGUUACCUGAGGGACAACCUUAGAAAGGUGGAGGUGUUCAGCUACAUCCACAACCUGCUCUCGAUGCCGGGUUACAGCCCUGCGGAGAAACAGAACGUCUGGGACAAAUCACUACAGCACAUACAGGAACUGGUGGCCCUUGACCCCAGCAGGUCAGCUGACCUGGUCACGUGUCACUUCUCGGAACACGUGCAACCAAUCCUCUCUCAGCUUGAGGAUGAUAAGUUACGUUUUCAGUUCCUCACGAGCCUGCUGGAGCCCAGAGAGGGCCGGCCUGCCGACAGCACGGUGACCCUUGACCCCGACCUCCAUGAGCAGCAGGUGGGCUUGCUGUGUCGCUUCGACCCCCCCGGGCUCCAGGCCUUCCUGGAGACCUCCCAGCUCUACCCCCUGGAGGCAGCCAUCAAGAUGACAGAGCAGUACGGUCACAGUGAGGCCACCUCCUACCUGCUGGAGAAGAAGGGCGACGCCCACGGGGCCUUCACCGUGCUGCUCACCAAGUUGAAGAGAAUCCUGGAGUCCAUCACCAGGGAUGGGGGCGUGGCCGAGGGAGACGGAGGCGGGGCCAAGGACGGCAGCGUGCCAUUGGAGGGCCUGGAGAGCUCUCUGGAUGACAUCAUCGCCCUGUGCCAACGGAACUCCCAGAACCUGAACCAGCAGCAGAGAGAGGUGUUGUGGUUUCCUCUGCUGGAGGCCAUGAUGGCUCCUCAGAAGCUCCUGAGAGGACCCAACACUAACCAUACUUCUGAAGCGCUGAAGGAGCUGACCAUGAAGGUCCUGAACGCCAUGAGCAGCUUCAUCCCGCUGCCCGACAUCAUCCAGAGGAUCCUGCAGGACCCAGUGUACGGUAAAGGGAAGCUGUCAGAGAUCCAGGGUCUGAUCCUGGGUAUGCUGGACACCUUCAACUAUGAGCAGACCCUCCUUGAGACCACCACCAGCCUGCUGAACCAUGACCUCCACUGGUCCCUUGCCCACCUGCGGGCCAGCGUGACGCGGGGGCUGGUGCCGCGGCAGGACACCUGCAACAUCUGCCUGCUGCAGUACAGGAGGCGCCACGACCCCCCCGAGGAGAUCGUCAUCUUCAGCUGUGGCCACCUGUACCACUGCCAGUGCCUGCAGGCCAAAGACUGUGGGAGUGGCUCCGGCUCGGAGCGACCGCAGCAGUGGAGCUGCUUCAAGUGCUCGUCCAAUCAGGGAGGAAGGGGCGGAGCCAUGGCAGACCAGAGGCGGGCCCGGAGCACCUCUCUGGCCCAGACGAACGUGACCUCAUCGCUCCGAGAGCCCGGCCUGGAGGCUCAUGGGAAAAAGCUGUUUGUGGAGGCGACCCUGGACCCCCAGCAGGCCCAGUCCUGGGACCACCUGCGGUGUCUGUACCACGGGCCAUCGCGGCUGGCGAUCCUCUCGGAGCUCACGCAUUGCCAUGGCAACGAGAAGGCGGGGCUUCUGCAUCCUGCCCCCCAGGGCACAGGAAGUGUGUUCCACAGCGAGGACUUCAAGCUGAAGCUGUCCCCCCCGCCGGCGGUGGAGGAGUAGAGUGGGGCUCUGAGGGGCUCCAGUGUUCAGCUCCCUGCUGCAUGGAGCCGUCAGGAAACAACCCAACCAAAACGUUAGAUAGAAAGUAAUCCAAGAUCGGGGAAUGUGAUGUGACCUAAACGUGGUCGGUCCGACUAUGAAACGGCUUCGCUUGAGGUCCAGAAUACUUUGCAGCCUUUGUCGAUUCGGAGGGCAGCCAGAAGGCCAGGACAAACCACUAGAACUAAAACCAGUAUGACCAGUACAUACAAUCCUACUGCUCUAACACAAAGAACUAUAGCAGUACACAGAAUACUUCUCCCUGUACACAUACAGUAGUAGAAGUACACAUAGUACUAGCAGUACACAGAAUACAUCUCCCUUUAUACGCUCAGUAGUUCAAGCAGUACAAAGACUUACAGCAGUACACAUAAUACUUCUCCCUGUGUACAUACAGUAGUACUAGCCGUACACAGAGUAUGAGUAGUACAGAGAAUACGUCUCCUGUACACACAGCAGUACUAGCAGUAAUCAGCAGUGUGGUGGGAUGGUUCACCAGCUGAUGAACUAGUCACUCUGCUCAUGUAUAAAUAACCCAGGGAUGACCCUGUCUGGUUCAGAGGGAGAGAGAUUUUUUUCGAGUUUUUGUACUCAAUGAGUGCAUUUGUUGAUGAAAACCAACUUGUUCGGAACACUAAAGUGUUUUAUUGUUGAUAGAUGUUUUUCUGUGUCAUGUAUCAGCAUCUGCAGAUAACAUGGAAAAGACUUAAUGAUUCUUAUUUACUUAAAAAUCUGUAAAAAGGGAUUAUUAAAUAAAAUAUCAUAAAAAAUA